AUGAGGCCGGUCAGCCCUCUACGCUUCGCAAUCCAGGCAAGCAUCUGGCAGCUGGCACUUCUCUUUCUAGUCACUCUAUCCGUGUCUGCGCCCUUAAACAUAUCCAUCGACUCUGUUGAACACGGUAAUGAUGCUUCUAUACUGGAGUCCCGUGACGUCAAGCCAUUCCCCCUGCGUGUUCUGCCGUUGGGUGCGUCAAUCACGGUAGGAUUCAAAUCCAGCGACGGGAAUGGAUAUCGGAAAUGGUUACGACAGCAACUCCGCUACGCUGGGUGGCAAGUCGAUAUGGUGGGAAACCUGAAAAAUGGAACAAUGCAUAAUAAUAACAAUGAUGGCUACAAAGGCUACAAAAUUCACCGGAUAGCAAAGGAAGCCGAGAAGACAAUUCCCCAGCAGCCCAAUGUCAUUCUUAUUAAUGCUGGUACGAACGAUGCUGUCCGGAAGUACCACGUGGAUACAGCGGGAAAACGAAUGGAUGCACUUCUGACGCGUUUAUUCAACGCCAUCCCGGGCACUACGAUCGUCCUCUCAACGCUUCUUCCCAACAAACGGCAACCGAACCUGGUGGACCAAAUAAAUGCGCAAUACCGAAACAUUACCGCGCGACGACGAGAGAGAAACGAGCGGAUCGUCUUAGCUGAAAUGAACCAUUUUAUAACGGUGGACGAGUUGGUUGAUGGGACCCAUCCUAACGACUAUGGAUACAAGAAAAUGGCUUCGGUUUGGUGGGCUGCUAUUCAGGAGGCAGAGAAAGAAGGCCUGCUCCAGCAGUCGAAGAACACAGCCAGGGGCCAUAGCAAAGCCCUUGGAAUGCAGUCUGAUGAUGCUGCUGGUAAUCCUCAUCUGCCGGAGUAUAAAGCGCCUAAGCAACCUGAAAAUGAUGGGGGACUCCGAUUCCGACAGCCGUGUUCUUGGCAGGUGGUGCUCCAGAUGGUUGCGAGUAUGUCCAUCUAUUGUUCGCUGUGA